AUGGACUUACUGAAGCAGGUCCACAAAGUGAAAGGCCACAAAGAUGAUUGCGAUAUUGGAGCAUGCGACAUGCCAAGGGAGGCUGAGAGAGCUGGGACUGUGCAGCCUGGAGAAGAGGAGUCUCAGGAGGAUCUUUUCGAUGUGUAUAAAUACCUGAUAGGGAUGUGCAAAGAAGAUGGAGCCAGACUCUUCUUCGUAGUGCCUACUGACAGUACAAGAGGCAAUGGGCACAAGCUGAAAUAUGAGAAAGUCAGCUUAAACAUGAGAAAAAAUCUUUUCUACUGCGGGAGUGACCAGGUUCUGGAACAAGCAGGCAGGCAGGUUGUGGGGUCUCCAACCCAUCUGAACGAGGACCUGCAGAAGUGUGUUCUUCCAGUUAAAAUUAACUUAUGUCAUCUAGGCACAGAAGGUCCUGGUGUCAGUGUCUCAGAGGAGAGACAGAGUCCUGCUGAGAGUAGUGGCAUAACCAUCAUCUAUAAUCCUUAUGCUUCCCUUUCUAUUGAACAACAAAGGCAAAAGCUGCCUGUUUUUAAGCUAAGAAAUCACAUACUUUAUCUAGUGGAGAACUAUCAAACUCUGGUGAUUGUUGGGGAAACAGGUUGUGGGAAAUCAACGCAGAUUCCACAAUACCUAGCAGAAGCUGGCUGGACAGCCGAAGGAAGAGUUGUUGGAGUGACGCAGCCUCGUCGGGUUGCUGCUGUUUCAGUUGCAGGCCGAGUUGCCGAUGAAAGAGGUGCAGUGUUGGGGCAUGAAGUUGGAUAUUGUAUUCGGUUUGAUGACUGCACGGAUCCACAGGCUACAAGAAUUAAGUUUCUAACUGAUGGUAUGCUGGUGAGGGAGAUGAUGGCUGAUCCUUUAUUAACAAGAUACAGUGUCCUCAUGCUGGAUGAAGCCCAUGAAAGGACUCUUUAUACAGAUAUUGCCAUUGGCUUACUAAAAAAGGUUCAAAAGAAGCGUGGGGAUCUUCGACUGAUUGUGGCUUCAGCCACCUUGGAUGCAGAGAAAUUCAGGGAUUUUUUUAAUCAAAAUGAGACCGGUGACCCCAGCAAAGAUACCAGUGUGAUCCUUACUGUCGAGGGGAGAACGUUUCCAGUGGACAUCUUUUACAUACAGAGUCCUGUUCCAGACUACAUAAAAUCAACUGUGGAAACUGCAAUGAAAAUUCACCAGAUGGAGCAUGAUGGUGAUAUACUGGCAUUUUUAACUGGCCAGGAGGAAGUGGAGACUGUUGUUUCCAUGCUCAUAGAACAGGCUCGGGCCCUUUCUCGCACUGGAAUGAAAAAGCACCUCCGUGUUCUCCCCAUGUAUGCUGGGCUGCCUUCUCCUGAGCAAAUGAAAGUGUUUGAGAGAGUUUCUCACAGUGUCAGGAAGGUGAUAGUAGCCACCAACAUUGCUGAGACCUCCAUCACAAUUCACGGAAUUGCAUUCGUAAUUGAUUGUGGUUUUGUGAAGCUUCGGGCCUAUAACCCCAAAACAGCCAUCGAAUGCCUUGUGGUGGUGCCAGUAUCUAAAGCUUCGGCUAAUCAAAGAGCAGGGCGUGCGGGACGAAACUCAGCCCCAAAUUGCUUUGGUCUUUCCCACACAGAGGAGGACUUCGAGAAGUUGCCGAAGUCCACCGUUCCUGAGAUGCAGCGCAGUAACCUUGCACCUGUCAUCUUGCAGCUGAAGGCUUUGGGAAUUGACAAUGUGCUCAGGUUCCCCUUUCUUUCGCCACCUCCUGCACAGUCAAUGGUGCAAGCUUUAGAAUUGCUGUAUGCUUUAGGAGGUUUGGAUAUGCACUGCCGUUUAACAGAGCCUCUUGGAAUGAGAAUAGCAGAGUUUCCUUUGAAUCCUAUGUUUGCAAAGAUGCUUCUGGAAUCAGGAAAUUUUGGCUGCUCCCAGGAGAUUUUGACAAUUGCUGCCAUGAUGCAGAUUCAAAACAUUUUUGUGAUCCCUCCAAAUCAAAAAGCUCAGGCUGCCAGGCAACACAGAAAGUUUGCUGUGGAAGAAGGUGAUCAUCUCACUAUGCUUAAUGUUUACGAAGCCUUUGUCAAACACAGCAAGAGCUCUCAGUGGUGUCAGGAACACUUUCUGAACUACAAAGGGCUUGUUAGAGCUUCUGUUGUAAGAGAGCAGCUGAAAAAGCUUCUUGUCCGCUUUAAAGUGCCAAAGAAGUCCAGUGAAGGUGAUCCAGAUCCUGUUUUGAGAUGCAUAGUUUCUGGAUUCUUUGCUAACGCAGCUAAAUUCCACUCUACCGGAGCUUACAGGACUAUCCGUGAUGACCAUGAACUUCAUAUCCACCCCACUUCAGUGUUGUAUGCAGAGAAACCUCCACGCUGGGUGGUCUACAAUGAAGUCAUACAGACUGCUAAAUAUUACAUGAGAGAUGUGACUGCCGUGGAAUCUGCAUGGCUCUUGGAACUGGCACCUCAUUUUUACCAGCAAGGAACGCAUCUUUCCUUGAAAGCAAAAAGGGCUAAAGUAGAUGACCACUGAUUUGACAUGACUGAAGUCUUGUGACAUCAGAUGCAGAACCUACCAGUGAUUUCAAGCUGGCUGCAGUCCAUUCAGCAGUCAGUUCAUUAGCAAUUUGAUCUUACAUCAACUUAAAUGUUUAAAUGCCUGCCAGGAUCUCUAGGGGUUUAUGCAUGACCAGUACAUUGUAAACCUAUGUAGAGCUUGUGUUGUGGACAUUUCAUUCUUUGCCUACUUGACCACUGUUGUUAAUCUGGGCAUGUUGCUCCUUUUAAAUAGGUAG